AUGAUAAUUUCUAGAACAUGCAUAGAGCACAAGCAGAGUAAAAGACGGUGUCCUAUUUUUACGAUUGACUGCUUGAACGCCCUUGUGGUGACCGGCAGCUAUAACGGAGAGGUGAUUGUAUGGCAGGUCGAGGACAAGGGCAGCGGUCAUGGCAGGCGACGCGCACUGCCUUCCUUUGCGGUAUUACAGAAAAUUUACGAUCACAAGUCAUCAGUCCUUAAUGCUCGGUUGCAUAACGAAUACCUGAUUACUACAGGUGAUGACAAUCUUUGCAUACUGUACAAACAAAUAAAGUACGGGGAUGAGUGCUGCGCUCAGGAUAAUGCAGGAACCGAUGGAGUUGAAAAAAAGGAUGAACAAAAAAGCAUGCACGUGGGGGAGUGUAUUGAGAAUAGCGGAAUGCGGCAGAUGAACGAUGCAGUACCAACGAUAGAGUACAAAAAGAUGAAAGUGAUCGCGCAUCAUAAGGCUGAUAUAACGUCCUUGCACAUAAAAGAGGACACCUUUUUUACAGCCGGUCUUGAUGGUCUGAUCUACGUGUAUGAUUUCACAGGCUCGCUGCUCAACUACCUAGACAUACGGGCUCCCAUCAAGGGGUUGUACACGAGAGAUAAUAAGACAUUCGUGAAAACGGACACGCACCUUCUAAUUUACGAAGACAAGACAUUGAAGAACCGAAUUGUGUGCGAUGGAAUACUCAAUGAGUCAUUUUUUGCCCGAAUGGCAAGUUUUGGUAAGUUCAUGGUUGUUCCCUCUAUGUUCAACAACAGAGAGGACGUGGUAAUGCUGGUAAGUGAGGAGGAGAUACUGAGCCUGGUAGGGUUUAUUGCUCCGGUUGAGGUUGUUUACGUGUUGGGGAAUAUUUUGAUAUGUGGUUGUCAGGAUAAAAGUGUUGUUUUGUGGCGACAUGAGCAUCACUACAAAUUGCGAGAAAAUUUGUAUGAGGAUGAGGACGAGAAAACUAAGAGAAUUAAGGUUGAUGAUAGCAAGGGGAAGGAUAGCAGCAAGAUGUGUUUGGUGGAUAAGCAGGUUUUAAAUGCGGAUGUUGAGACAAACACGAGAGACGAAAAGAAUGGCAGCGUUCAGCAAGAUAAAGCUGCGAUUACUUUGUCAAACACGGAAGGUAAGAACAAGGACAGCACUCAACAAGAUAAGGCCAAAACUAAUUUAGAAAGCGAAAAGGAAGGUGAUGUUCAGCAAGGUAUGUCAGCAAUUACUUUAACCAACGAAGAGGGUGAACAGAAUGGCAAUGUCAAAAAAGAUACGGUUGAACAAGAAAUGGCAGAUGGAAAUGUGAAGAACAGUGUAGAGAUUGGAAAUAAUAACGAUAAGAAUUGCAAAGGGAAGGAUAUAAAGAUGAGCAAGCAGACCGCAAAUGCCUCAGCACCGAACAAAAGUUCAAAGGAAGGGUCUCCAAAGAACACGGUAACAGUGAACAAAAUGAAGCAGGGCACAUAUACACGACCGUUGUGUCUCAUCAAAAACUUAACUGCCUCACCAAUUCUUGACAUAACCACGUACAAGCGAAACGUUUUGUUCUGCAGUUACAGCGGUGAAGUGAUGAUGGUGACCUUCGAUACAGAACAAAUAGAAGAGGUGAAGGAAGAAGAGAGGACCGAUGUAAAUAUAGGCAAGGAGCUGCUAUCAAUUACUGAUCAGAGGAUGGGUGCAAUAAUGAAGAGUUGUUCGAAAGACAGUGCAGAUGAAAGCAGCGGUGUUAAGUGUGAUAGCGAAUAUUUUACAAUCAGGAGCGAUGUAGAAAGGAAGAGAGGAAGACCGAAGAUGUGUCGGAAUAUGGAAAUGGAGAAGAUCGUGUUGGAUGAGAUGAUGAUUGGUAAAAGAAAGGUGCUGAGUCAGGAUGUUUGUGCCGAUUCAAAGACCGGUGUUUCGGAUCCGGCCAAUAAAAAAACUAUGACCGAGAAAUCGGCGAAUAAAGAUGAUGGGAUAUCCGGAUCUAAAGGUAGUGUGGUGGAGAAUAACAGCACGGUAAAAAGCAAUCAGCCAUCAAUUGGUGCACAACAGGACAAAGCAAAACGUAGAAUAACACCUGUUCUGAUACCGCAGCUCACAAAUUACGAAAAUAAGAUCGUGAGCGUAAAGAAUAGCAUUUAUGUGCUGUUCACAGGAAAUGAGGAUCGCAGGGUGGAGAGAGAAUGCAUCAAACCGGUUUUAAUGAGGAUGAAGGAAAUAACGGUCAGGAUUAGCUGUGGUGGCAGUGUAGAACAAAUCAGAGGGCAGAAAGUGUGCGGUGAUAUUACCAUGCGUAACCAGAAAGAACGAAAUGUAGGAAACACAGACCAAAACAUUCCAACAGAUGAUGGUGAUCGAGUCACUCUUGUGAGCGGUAACACCGGGGUGAGAAAGGAAAGGAGCAUCUCCUUUAGUUUGUACACCAUAGAUGUUUCCAUCAAUGAUGUGCUCAGGUACACCCUCAGGUACAAGAAUGUACGCCUGCUUGCAUUCUCUAACAAGUACAUCGCAGUUUAUACAAAUGUUCUGAUAGUGAAGAGCGUAAUCUCAGGGCAAUUGCUUUUGCCAUUUAUCAAGCAGAAUGUGCUAUACGUGGACAUAAGGGGUGAUAAUCUGCUGCUGUUCAUGGGUGAUACGUUUAAGAUAAUAAACCUGAGAAAGAGAAAGUUGCUGGUAAGUGGUAGUGUACCGUUUGAUACAUACAGUCUUUGUUUUGCUAAGGAGUACUUCAUAGUAGGAAGCGAUCUACAAGGCAACAAGUAUUUCUUUAUGAAGGAGAUCGGUGAGUGGUGUAGGGUUAAUCAUGAAGAGAGCGAUGGGUUUAGAAUUGAAAGAGAGAAGGGCACUGAACGUAAUGGAUUGUUGAAUGAGGGUGGGGAUGGUGUACUGUGUGAUAAGAUGGGUGCUGAUGGUGCAGGAAGCGGUGGAGGUGAUGGUGUAGUUCAUGAUAUUACGAGUGAUAAAAGCACUAUUCCUGGUACUGCACCUAUCAGCAGUACCACUACUGCUAAAGACACAGGCAGUGCUCUGUUUGAUAAUAUGACAAUUUCACAACUGUUUGAUAAUGACGAACUUUCAUCCCUGGAACAUAUCGAGUAUAGCAUACUUAAGAAGCAAUCACCGACCAAAGUGUUGGCCCGUUUGCGAUUGUUUGUAAGCAAGUUGAAGAGCAUGACAGAGAUGAUAGAAAUACGGCUAGAGAAUAUUUUUAUUAAUCUUGUUAUGAAUGAACUUAGAUUGGAUGUUAUUGGCAUAUUAGAAGAGAUGAAAUGUACGUUUCCCGUUUUUGUUUACGAAGUGCUUGGGAAGAUAACGUGUAUGGAUAGGGAGUAG